CUCCGACCGCCCAGGGACUUCCGUUCCCGGAGUGCACCGCUUCGAAUCAUGGAUCAUAAUGAUAAUGAUUUGCAGGGGACGAACAGUAUGGGGUCCCUGAGUGGACUAGAUGUCCGAAGACGAAUUCCAAUAAAACUUAUUUCCAAACACCCAAAUAAAAGUAAGAUUUCUCCUCGACCUCCAAGGAACAUGAACAGGAUGCCACCACAAAAACCACAGCCAGGUGAAGAAGGUUAUGAUUAUAAUGAAGAAGAAAGGUAUGAUGGUAAAGGAGGUGACAUGUAUAGUAAUCAGCGGAGAUUUCCAGCACACAUGUUUUGGGACUUUAAGCUCAAUCUCAUUGGUGAUAAAGAUGACAUUCCAGUUCAUUUCUGUGACAAAUGUAGUUUACCAAUUAAGAUUUAUGGGCGGAUGAUCCCUUGUAAGCAUGUUUUCUGUUAUGAUUGUGCUCUUUUGCACGAAAAAAAGGGAGAUAAAAUGUGCCCAGGAACACUUGUUGAAGAAAAUUCUACCACCUUUAAACGUAUGAGCUGUAAUGAUACGGUUCAGCGCAUUGAGCAAUGUACACGUGGUUCUCUCUUCAUGUGCAGCAUUGUACAAGGAUGCAAACGAACGUAUUUGUCUCAGAGAGAUCUGCAGGCACAUAUCAAUCAUCGCCACAUGCGAGCUGGGAAGCCUGCUACUCGGCCACAACCAGAGCCAGUCCACCCUCCAAUGGCACCACCUCCUACAGAGAUGACGGAUCGCUUUAUAAUGCCCCCAGACAAACACCAUCUGACUCAUAUGCCACCAAAGCAGCACAUUCUUAUGCCCCCUCCUCCAAUUCAGCAUGUGCCACAUGAGCAUUUUAAUCAACCGCAUGAUGACAUGCGUGGCUCUCCAGCAGAUAUGUCCAUGGCCCCACCUCCACCUCGUCCAGUUAAUCAGGAUGCCUUCCGGAUUUCUACUAGAAAACACAGCAAUUUAAUAACAGUACCUAUUCAAGAUGAUUCAAACUCUGGGGCAAGGGAGGCACCUGGCCCUGCUCUUCAUCAUCCUGAGUACCCAGGUCAACCUGUUGUAACACAUCCUCACCAUAUCAUGCCUCCGCAACAACAUUAUGCACCACCGCCACCUCCUCCUCCUCCAAUAAGUCAUCCAAUGCAACAUCCUCCACAAGCAGGUGGCACACCUCACUUAGUGUACAGUCAAGGCCCUCCACCACCAAUGACUACUGCACCACCCCCAAUAACACCUCCCCCAGGACACAUAAUUGCUCAGAUGCCACCAUACAUGAAUCAUCCUCCUCCAGGACCUCCACCACAACAUGGUGGACCACCUGUAAAUGCUCCUCCUCCCCACCACUACAAUCCUAACUCCUUGCCUCAAUUUAGUGAAGAUCAAGGAACUCUUAGCCCUCCGUUUACACAACCUGGGGGUAUGAGUCCAGGGAUGUGGCCUGCUCCAAGAGGUCCACCACCACCUCCACGAAUGCAAGGUCCACCUUCUCAAGCCCCUAUUCCUGGACCACACCACCCAGAUCAAGCUAGGUAUAGACCGUACUACCAAUGAAUGGUUUAAUUUGAACUUAUUAGACUUACUGUCAUGCUUUAAUUGCAGUUUUACAGUGAAAUAUGUACACAGUCUUCUAUGUCUUUUAAAUUUUGUGACUUUGAUAUAUUUUUGUUUCUGGUGCAUAGUUGCUAUUUUUCAGCAUUUUUAAAAUGCUUGUGAAUUAAUAUUCUUUAACAACUUAAAAAAAACAAAAAACGUUUAACUUAAUUAUAAAAUGUUUUAACAGAUCUUUUUAGUUUCUAAAAUAAUAAUGCACAUUUCAUCGCUGUAUCAGUGAAAUUUGUAUCAUAUUCUUUUUGUCCUAACAUUGCUUUAGUUCCUUGAAAUGUAUUUUUGUUAUACUGUGUAAUAUCAUUGUAAAUAUACCUGUAAAUGUCUCUUUCCCACUUGCUAUUUUUCUGAGGUUGCGUGAGAAGCACGCAAUAAAACUGUUUUCUGGUAUAUUCUUUACCAGUGGGUAAAUAAAUGCUUAGUUCACAAGAGUAAUUGAUCAACUAUUUAUUAUUAUUUUUAUUGAAUUCAUAGGUUACAUGUUAUUGAUAUAAUAAUGUUUCUUUGUUUAAAAUCCAGCAAAACAAAUGUGUGAUAAUUUAGCAUUUAUUAAAGGAACAUGAAACCCCA